CUCCAGGUGGCUGCCAUGCCAGCGCUGGCAGUAGAGGAGGGGAUGGAGGGCUGGAGCCCGGCCCUGCCACUCUACGAGGAGUACCGCCCGCCGCCGCUGGACACCAUCCGCCUCCCCAGGUACGCGCUGUACCUGCUUCUGGCUGCGUUCCUGGUCGUGGCCGUGGCCUAUGCCAUUGUCGGGCAUCUCAUCAAGGACCUCGCCCACGACCUGGCCGACUGGGCAUUCGGCCCGAAGCCGGACCAGGAGGAUGGCCCCCGGGAGCUGCCCGAGAGCCCCGAGGGCGAGGAUCUGGAGGAGCUGGACCUGCAGCUGGCGCUGGCCUGGCGGGUUGACGAGGACGCCGCUCGGGGCGGCGAGGGGGCCCCCGCAGAAGCCCCCGCCCGGCCCUGCCACCACCCCUCCAUCGCCUUCAAAGACCCAGCAGCCCGAAGCUCCCUCUGGAAGCUGGGCUGA